UUUCCUUUCCCGAUUGAGCUGUGUUUGGUAGAUCGAACCCGGAGCUUCCCGUAAGAGUCAUUCAGAAAUGGAGCAGACCUUCAUCAUGAUUAAGCCCGAUGGCGUCCAGCGCGGCCUGGUUGGUGAAAUCAUUGGCCGGUUCGAGAAGAAAGGCUUCUAUCUUAAAGGUUUGAAGCUCAUCACCGUCGAGCGUGCUUUCGCCGAAAAGCAUUAUGCUGAUUUGUCUGCAAAGCCAUUCUUUAGUGGUCUCUGUGAUUACAUUGUUUCUGGACCUGUUGUGGCAAUGGUGUGGGAGGGAAAAGGUGUGGUUGCAACCGGUAGGACCAUCAUUGGAGCCACAAACCCCUUGCAGUCUGCUCCUGGAACCAUCCGUGGUGACUUUGCCAUCGACAUUGGGAGGAACGUUAUCCAUGGAAGUGAUUCUGUUGAGAGCGCCAGGAAGGAAAUUGCACUUUGGUUCCCAGAAGGUGUUGCUGAAUGGAAGAGCGAGCUCCACCCUUGGAUCUAUGAGAAUUAAUUUGAUUAUGAUGUUUAUCAAAACUCUUGUGUGAUGUCUUGUUAUUCGGGAUUUUGAGUGUAAAACUUUAUUAAAGGGUGCUUUGUGUUUUUUGUCUUUCUACUUUGGCGAAAAUGUUAUGUUAUCUACACCUUAAGAGCCGAUGCAUACUGUCUUUUGUUGUUUUGGUUUCUCCUUUGAUUCAAACGCAGUUAAUAAGCAGGAUAAGAAUUUGCUAGAGCAUAUU